GCCAAUUCGGAUGCUGCCCUGAUGGAAAGACCCCAGCUAGAGGAUCGCACAAAGAAGGUUGCCCAUGUCAGUAUACUAGAUAUGGAUGCUGCCCAGAUGGAGAAACUACAGCACUGGGACCAAGAAAUGACGGAUGUGAUGACUGCAGAUAUGCGAAGUUGGCUUAUUCUUGAAGUUGAAAAAAGCCUCUUAAGGCUUUUUUUAAUUAUGAAAUUACCUCUUUUUAAUAAGGCGAAAAUUUUCAUAAAAUUGUAUGGCUGCUGUCCAGAUGGCGAAAGUAAAGCCAUUGGCCCCGACUAUGCUGGAUGUCCAUCUACAACUUUGGCGCCGUUCCUUCUUGGCGGAACUGUUGCUCCAUCAAAAAUCUCAUCAUGCGCUCUGCCACAAGAUCAGGGAGCAGUGUGUGCUUCUGGUUAUAAACUGGUAUGGUACUAUGACACCACCGAAGGACGUUGUUCACAAUUUUGGUAUGGAGGUUGUGAGGGUAAUGACAACAGGUUUGCCACUAAAGAGCAAUGUGAGACGAUAUGCGUUGAGCCACCUGGUAUCGGGCGAUGCUACUUGCCUAAGAUCGAGGGACCAUUGAGAUGUGACGUUCCACAGGCUAGAUAUUGGUACGACUACAAUACCAAGCAAUGCGCUGCCUUCUGGUGGCGAGGAUGUCAUGGUAAUGCCAACAACUUCGGCUCGUGGGAAGAAUGUAGU